AGCUGUUGGUGCAUCGCCUCAGCUCUCCAGAAAACGUCAAAAGAAGAAAGGACACUCCGACGAGUUUAAAAGCCGAACAAUGUGUGUAAAGUCGCCUCCUCUGUCUGAGUUAAAGGCAGCACGGAGUUGACCAUGUUAACCUGCUUCUCUGGACACAGUAACUCCAGCGCUGAACAUGCCGGCAUCCCCGGCGCCACCGUCAUCCUGGCAGCAUUAAUGAUGAUCCUGGUGGUCGUCGUGGUCGUGGGAAACGCGCUGGUUAUCUUUGCAUUUGUCGUGGACAAGAGCCUCCGAAAUCAGAGCAACUACUUCUUCCUUAAUUUGGCUAUAUCAGAUUUUCUGGUCGGGGCAUUCUGUAUCCCCGUGUACAUGCCCUACAUCUUGACAGGUCGAUGGAUGCUGGGCCGGGGCCUCUGCAAGCUGUGGCUCGUGAUGGACUAUCUGCUCUGUACUGCCUCCGUCUUCAACAUAGUCUUAAUCAGCUAUGACCGCUUCCUGUCUGUCACCAGAGCUGUGAGGUACAGAGCACAGCAGGGAAUGACUCAGCUCGCUGUGGGAAAGAUGCUGGCAGUGUGGCUGCUGGCUUUUCUCCUCUAUGGCCCAGCCAUUAUCUUCUGGGAGGAUGUAGCUGGCCAGAGCAUUGUUCCAGCUGAUGAGUGCUUUGCCGAGUUCUAUUGCACAUGGUACUUCCUGCUUAGUGCAUCUACCUUUGAGUUCUUCUCACCAUUUAUCUCAGUGACCUUCUUCAAUCUCAGCAUCUACCUCAACAUCCAGCGGCGGAACAAGAGCCGUGCAGUUCACCGAGGUGCAGAGAAAGAGGAUGGCUGGAGGGUGGUGGAUGGCGGUGCGUCACCUUCGUCUGCAGUCUUCUUUGUCAGGACACGCAAAGUCUCCUCCAGUGAACCAGCACCCGUUUCAGCGGUGAUCGAGGAAGACAUGGAGAUUUCUCCAUCCUCCAGUGGAGACCCCAGCUGCAGCCAUUCAGUGUCUCUCUCUCUGAAGACAGUCAGUAAGAAGAAAGGAGCAUUGAGCUGCUGGUUAAAGACACGUAUGGUUCAGUCACAGGCACCCUCAAGGAAUGGGGAGCAUUCGCGUCUCUCGCGGGACAAGAAGAUCGCCAAAUCUUUGGCGAUAAUAGUGUGCGUUUUCGGUGUGUGUUGGGCUCCGUACACCUUGCUCAUGAUCAUUCGAGCAGCCUGUAGUGGCAUGUGUAUAGAACAUCACUGGUACGAAGUCACAUUCUGGCUUCUUUGGCUCAAUUCAGCCAUCAACCCUUUCCUGUAUCCGUUGUGCCACAGCAGCUUUCGCAGGGCCUUCGCCAAGAUCCUUUGCCCCAAACGACAAUCUGUCAGGCCACAUGAGGAUAACCCAUCCUGCCAGUGAUAGCAGACAAGAUUUCACACAAUCUGCAAUUGCCAGAAGGGAUAAUGUGUGAAUAUUGAGGCAGCAGCCUGUAAGAUGCUCAUGUCUGAGAAAAUCAAUAAGAUCAUAGGCAGCUUAAUUGUCUGGAGAGAAAACAUCUUAAUUUUUGACUGCACAAUUUUGUUUUUCAGAAAUUCACAUCUCUGUUAAACUUCUCAAACUUUCUGACCGUUGGCAAGAAAUAGUGUUAAAAGUAAUGCAUGAGCAUGUACAAUCCAUUCCAUCAUCCUCUCGCUUAUCCUCCAUAACGAGGAUGUGCAUUCAGCUAGACAGAGCUUAGAGUGUAAUAAUGCAAAGGAAGGCAGAGAAAAACUAAUCUUAGAGACUUUCUCUGUCCCUUUGCUGCACUCUGAACAUAGUCUGGUGUUGUUUUUGAAUGUGAGACAAACUGGUGUUGGUUUUAUAAUUUAUAAAGGAAUGUGACUUGUGUUUUCACAGGUUUGAUUUACAAUUUGGAAGGACAGCUGAAUUUGAGCAAAUGUUCUGUUGUUUUAAUCUGCCAGUUUAACAAAUAAUGACAAAUGGAUUCUCAAUUCUAGUGUGUGUGGAUGUCUGCACCCACAUGGUGUGUGACUGUAUUGUUGACACUUAAAUAAUGAAUUGUGACUUAGUUAAAAAAAAAAAAGUGACAUUUUUAGAAACAAUCAUUUAAAGGGUGUUUUUUUAAAUGAUCC